AUGGCACAUGAUUGGCAGGGAGGUAGAAGUGGGAGUCACCACCGAUAUGAGGAAGAUGAUGAAGAACCCCAGCCAGUGUAUAUUGGUGUUCCGUUAACACACGGUUACAGUAAAAGGAGACGGCGUAAACACCGCUCCCAACGCGAGAAACAUCACACCCACCAUGACCAACACACACACCAUGACCAUCACUAUGACAACCAGGAACACUACGAAGAUGAGGAGGAGAUGGAACAACAUGACAUAUUUCACCCUGACUCCACAGUGUCCCCGGCGGCGGAGAGGCUGCGUUACAUCCUGGGUGAAGAUGAUGACUUGCCGACGCCCACUCUGUUCACAGAGAUGGACACACUGCAACACGAUGGAGACGAUAUGGAGUGGAAAGAGUCUGCUAGGUGGGUGAAGUUUGAGGAGAAGGUGGAGGAGGGAGGAGAGAGGUGGAGUAAGCCCCAUGUGUCCACCUUGACCCUCCACAGUCUGUUUGAGUUGAGGACCUGUAUACAGACUGGCAGUGUACUGCUGGAUCUGGAGGGAUACUCCCUGCCAGAGAUAGUGGAUGACAUUGUGGAUCGUCAGGUAGCUGAUGGUCUGAUUGGUCCAGAGCUGAGGGAGAAAGUCAGCUUCGUGUUGCUACGGAAACAUCGCCACCAGCAUAAGAAACCCAUGCAUCGCUCACUAGCCGACAUGGGCAAAUCAAACAAUUGCCCCGCCAAUCAUGCGCAAAGCCGAAGUAUGAACGAUAUUUCAGACACGCCAAGCACAGACCAGCUGAAGAACAAGUUCAUGAAGAAGAUUCCUCGUGAUGCCGAGGCGUCUAACGUUCUGAUUGGAGAAGUGGACUUCCUGGACAAACCAUUUGUAGCGUUCGUACGUCUGGCCCAAGCUACCACACUGGGAGGCCUGACCGAGGUCCCCGUACCUACCAGGUUUCUGUUUGUCUUGCUUGGUCCUCAUGGCAAAGGCAAGUCCUACAACGAGAUUGGUCGAGCCAUUGCUACGCUCAUGGUGGAUGACUUGUUUAGUGAUGUAGCGUAUAAAGCCCGGGACCGUGAUGACCUGAUCGCUGGGAUUGAUGAGUUUCUGGAUGAGGUCAUCGUUCUGCCACCAGGGGAGUGGGACCCCAAAAUACGCAUCGAGCCCCCCAAGAAAGUCCCCUCUGCCGACAUGAGGAAGUCUGUGCUGAACCUGAACGAGCUGGGCCAGGUAAACGGGACGAUCGGGGGGGCAGGAGGAGGAGAGGAUGAGGAGAUGCCCGCCCCCCACGAGCUGGGAGAGGAACUGCAAUUCACUGGCAGGUUCUGUGGAGGCCUGUGGCUGGACAUUAAGAGGAAGGUUCCGUGGAUCCUUAGUGAUUUCUCCCAGGGAUUCCACAUCCAGUCCAUCUCUGCUGUGCUGUUCAUCUACCUGGGCUGCAUCACCAACGCCAUCACCUUCGGAGGCCUGCUGGGGGACGCCACAGACAACUACCAAGGUGUGAUGGAGAGUUUCCUAGGUACAGCGUUAGCAGGUACAGUGUUUUGUCUGUUAGGAGGUCAACCUCUCAUCAUCCUCAGUUCCACUGGACCCAUCCUCAUCUUUGAGAAACUGCUCUACGAGUUCUGCAAGUCUAACACUAUAGACUAUAUGGAGCUGCGUCUGUGGAUUGGUCUCCACUCCUGUCUGCAGUGUCUGAUCCUGGUUGCCACGGACGCCAGUUACAUCAUCAAAUACAUCACGCGCUUCACUGAGGAGGGCUUCUCCAGCCUCAUCUCCUUCAUCUUCAUCUCUGAUGCUAUUAAGAAGAUGGUGGGAUCCUUCAAGUACUACCCUAUCAACCGUGGCUUCAAGCCCGACUACGUUACCUCAUACAAGUGUGAAUGUAUCGCACCAGACCAGGCCGCUGCAAUGGGUUUGAAUGUUUCAGUUCCACUAGCGGACGAUAACAUGACUGAUUUGUAUAACAUAACAGGUCUGGACUGGAGUCAGCUGAGUAAGAAGGAGUGUGUGAAGUAUGGCGGCGCCCUGUUGGGAAACACCUGUAAGUACGUCCCUGACCUGGCCCUCAUGUCCUUCAUCCUGUUCUUCGGGACCUACUCCAUGACCGUCUCACUCAAGAAGUUCAAGACCAGCCGCUACUUCCCCACCAAGUGCCGCUCCCUGAUUGGUGAUUUCUCGAUCAUCAUCUCAAUCCUGGUAUUCUGUGGGAUAGACUACCUGUUAGGGCUGGAGACGCCCAAACUGCACGUGCCCACUGAAAUCAAGCCGACGCGUCCAGACCGUGGCUGGUUGGUGAUGCCGUUUGGUAAGAACCCGUGGUGGGUGUACGUGGCCAGCGCCGUCCCUGCUCUCCUGGUCACCAUCCUCAUCUUCAUGGACCAACAGAUCAGCGCUGUCAUCGUCAACCGCAAAGAGAACAAACUCAAGAAAGGUUGUGGGUACCAUCUGGACCUGUUCUGGGUGGGUAUUCUGAUGGCAGUGUGUUCCUUCCUGGGCCUGCCCUGGUACGUGGCUGCCACUGUCAUCUCCAUCGCCCACAUCGACUCUCUGAAGAUGGAGAGUGAGUCCAGUGCCCCAGGAGAGCAGCCCCAGUUCCUGGGAGUCAGGUAA